GAUCACACUCGAGUGGGCGGAUCGUAGCGGUGACAGCGACGCUCACAGACUCUCCACAAACUGUCAAAAAAAGAGCAGACAACUAACGCCAUGGCGGAGUUAGACCUGAGUCUGAGCGACGCGCUGACGGACAGCGUUCCCCAGCCGGGCCCGGAGAGCCUGGUGGAGAGGGACUUCAUGGCCCAGCUGGAGGCGGAAGCUUUCGACGACAAGGUCGGGGAGACGGUGGGGAAGACGGACUACAUCCCCCUGCUGGACAACGACGACACCAGGGCAGACACGGGUGCGACUCUGGAGAAUGGAGAGCAGGAAGCUCACGGGGUGCAAAAGCCUGGUUGUAAACUGACCACUGGGGGGCCGGCGUCAGCGUUGCGCCCGGAGCCACAGGGAGAGGUGCGGCCACGCUCGACCGACCAGCAGCAGGCCUUGGCUACAGACUUCCUAUCAGCCUCCAUGGCGGGUUAUUCAGAUCCUGCCGGCUCUCAGACCAGCCCUGCCCAAAUGAUGGAUACUGGCCGGAUGGGAGCUUUUCCAGCUUUCUCCCAGCCCGGAGGGAUGGAUGGCAACGUGGAGGUGGGUGCUGGACCCCUCUCAGCAGAGAUGAUCCAGAGUUUAGCAGAACCCCAGCAUGCCACACCAGCAGCGGGUUCAGAAGCCCCUACAGAGCACAGCCCCAUGCUGCCUGAACCCCAGACUCCUCGCAGCCCUCUGGAUCUGUCAGCAGGUGCCUUGGGUGACAGCUGGCCAGACGAGGCUGGCUGCCUACCCACAGACCUCCCUUUCAGCCCCAGCGUUUCCACGGUGAUCAGUCGCCACGCAGGCCAUCUCGCAGUCAGCCCUGACGACCCACCCGACAGUUGGCCUAGCCGGGAGAGCACCGCCUACGCUGGGGGCGACGAAAGGGAGGCAGAAGGUUCAGACCGAAAACAGAAAAAGAAGAAGAAAAGGCGACAGAAAGAUGAGGGAUCUUAUGAGCACAUCGAGAGCAGGGAUCACCCUGAGGUGCAGGGAGAAAACACUCCCCCAACAGACGAGUUCUACAACAGGAUUGGUCCAAGGCGGGAUAGAGGAGACGGUGGCUGGGAGGAGCAAAUUGGGAAGAGUGGAGGCCGGGGUAAGAAGGGUAAGAGCAGGAAGAAGCUUCCAGAGGAGUGGGGAGUGACGGCAGAACCAUUCGUCCCUUCGGCUGCAGCAACCUCUCAAAUCACAGAGGAGGUUUUGAUGGAUGUGGGGAGUUCUGUUCAGGAAAAAAUGGAGGCCUCGCUUGCAGACAUGGACGCCAGCCAGAGCCCCUGGAAAAAGGAGGUCUACACCGAAGAAGGCCUGGUCCCUUCACCCCUGUCCCAGGACCUAUUCUCCCCAACAGCUGCUUCCAUCAACCCACUGGUCCUGAACAGCGAGCUGAAAGCCACAGCAGCUCCGUUCACCAUGCCCUCCACCACCAACAGUGCAACAAUAAGCCCUUUCCCCAUGGCUCCUAGCCCUGGUGAUCCAUUUGACCUCCUGAUGGAUACUGAAAAUGCAAGCUUAGGCAACAGCAGCCAGGUCUUUUCACCCAGUGGUGACAUGGUCGACAGCGGUAUGUUUGACAACACAAGUUCCCUCCAAGGGUCUUGUGUGCGUGGCAUGCCUGAGGGAGACACCUCUGCUUUCAGCCCCGCCUCCCAGCCAAGCCCAGGCCUUUCCCCAAAAGGCGAGGUGUUAGCCUCAGCCCCACCUCUCUCACCCUCAGAUGCUUCAUGGCUCCUAAACGACUCCAACAUGAGCAGCAACAGCGAGCUAUUUGACUUCAGCGACAUGAGCGCUUCAGGUCAUCCUGUAACCCUAGGGCUGUCCUUUGACACUCCUAGCCCAGCCCCUCUCCGCUCCCCCAAAACCACAGCGCAGGAAUUUCAGCCCAAAGAGCACAAAGAUGCUAAAUCAGGCCAGAAGCAACCCAAGAAGUCUCGUUCUUCAUCUUCCUCCUCCUCUGCAAAGAGUCCCACCUCACCAGGUACAAAGAAUUUCCCUCCAGAAGCAGCCCCAGACAUCAGCCCCUCCUCCCCUCAAGCGGCAAGCCCAGGAUCUGGUCUUAACCCUACAGCUAAGCCCUUCUUUCCCAGCUUUGCUGAUUCCAUGGAAGAACCAGCCGUGGUCCCUCCAGUUCCCCCCAUCAUCGAAGUAAAAUCCGACAAGAUGGACAAGGCAGAGAAGAAGGAGGAGAAGCCGGAGGACAACGUGAAGAACCUGGACAUGUUUGACCCUCUGUUUGAUAGAGCUGAGCAGAAGGGCGUAAAAGUGGAAUACGCAAUCAGUGAGACUUCAGCCAAGGUGGAGAAGCAGAUUGAGAUGGAGAAAGAAAAACAGACGGAGACACAGAAAGAGAAGGAUAAGGAGGCAGAGAGGGAGAAGGAGAAAGAGGCAGAGAGGGAGAAAGAGAAGGAGAAAGAGAUGAAGGAUGCAGGAAAAGUUAUAGCGGAGAAAGAGACCAACAAAGUGAAGGUGACGGAGCAACAGACAGAAAAGGUGCCGGAAAAGAAGGAGACAGAAAAAGAGAAAGAGAAAGUUGAGUCACUUCAGCAGAAGGAGGAAAAAGAGGAUAAAAUGAACAAGGUAGAAGAAUCACAGGAUAAAUUGGCAAAUAAAGAGAAAGUAGAAAAAGUGGAGACGACUGAAGUAGAGAGCAAAGUGAAGAUAACAGAGGAUUUAGGAAAAGUGGAAAAAAAUGAAAAGUCCACAGUGCAAAACAAAACGGAGAACACUGAGAAGCUUGAGAAAACAGAGAUGAAGGAUGACAAAGAGCAGCACACGGACAAAGCAGAGAAGACUCCAGAGCAACAGCCGACACCCGUCAAGCUAGAUACCACUUCUGACGUGCUGGAGAAGAAGACCGAGACGGAGACAAAGAGAACACCAGAGGUGGAGGACUCCAAGAAAGAGAAGGUGGACGCCGACAAAGUCAAGGUGAUGGAGAAAGAUGACGAGGCGGAAAAAGAGCCCAAGAAGCCGGUGGAGAAACCAACGCCGAAGAGCGAUAAGGAAGAGAAGCAGGACAAAGCGCAGGCCAAUAAAAAGAUCGUGGAGAAAAAGGAUGACAAGAAGGAUAAGGUUGCAAAAGCCGACGGAGGAGAGAAGGCCAAGAAAGCAAAACCUGCAACCAAUGGAAGCAGUGCACCGCUGAGCAGGGACCUGGCAAGCCCAGACAAGAAGACAAAGCCUGUUGCCGGGGCGACCAAACCAAGCGCUGCUCCUAAAACACGUCUGAGUACCAUAGCUCCUGGUGGCUCGGUCACAGCUCCCACUAGGCGCCCCACAUCCUCCACCACCACCUCCAUCUCAGACAAAAAAACAACCACAGCCAAGGCACCAUCCACAGCCGCUGCUGGUCCAAAGCGACCCUCCACCAUUUCCACCAGCCGCCCUGCAUCCUCCACCACUUCUACCAGCCGCCCUGCAUCCUCCACCACUUCUACCAGCCGCCCUGCAUCCUCCACCACCACCACCACCACUGCACGUGAUGUCAGACCCAAGACAACCACGGAGAGGCGCCCCCUUGUGGCAAAGGCCAGCACCUCCACCUCAGCAGGCUCAAUCUCUGCCACCAAAAAUGGAACUGCAUCAACAGCAGCCAGUAAAACUGCUGCAUCAGUGCGCACAUCGGCGUCUACCCGCACCGCUACCACCACCACAGCCAGAAGGCCUCUGGCCCUGAAGACAGACAGCAAACCGGGGGAGGAGAAGAAGCCCGGCGCUCUGAGGACUUCUACAGACUCUACCAAACCCAAGACCACCACCACCACCCGCAGCACCGCUUCCACCACCUCUGCCUCUCGCCCCCGAACCGCAGCAGCCAAACCGGCCACGCCCUCCUCUUCCACCACCGGCACAGAGAAGAAGCCCACAGUUCCCCGCAUCCCUCGGACCACUUCCUCAACCACCACCACCACCACAGCCUCUAGGAUCUCGGCUCGCCCCAGCACAGCACCGGCCCCCGACAUCCGCAACGCCCGCUCCAAGAUCGGCUCCACGGACAACAUGAAGCACCAGCCUGGAGGAGGGAAGGUGUCAUCAGCCUCUCUGAGCAGGGGCGUCGCCUCCAAAGAAACCAGCCAGGGCAAAGUGCAGAUACUCAACAAGAAGGUGGACCUAAGUAAGGUGACAUCAAAGUGUGGCUCCAAGGACAACAUCAAGCACAAGCCUGGCGGUGGCGUCGUAAAGAUCGAGUCCCACAAAGUGAGCUUCAGGGAAAAGGCUCAGUCCAAAGUGGGCUCCAUGGACAACUUGAGCCAUUCACCUGGUGGAGGAGGAGACAACAAGGCUGAGGGGGCCCAGGAGACCACAGAGGGGAGCGGGACCCCCCUGAGUGGCACCGCGGCCUCUGCCCCGGGCUCUGACCCGGGGCAGGCAGGGAGCCCUGCCACCCAGGAGAACGGGUUGAAGGAGGGGGCUCCCUGCGAUAGUGAGGGCCUCCGGGAGCCCCAGGCCCUGGAUUCUCGCAUCCCAGAGACAAAUUGAGUGUUUCAAGCUCAACUUCCGCGAGAACGCUCGCUCUCGCACGGACCACGGCGCCGACAUCAUCCCCUGGCCGCCCCCAGGACGACGACGACAACAACAGACCCUGCCCACACGGCUCAUCCCAUUCUCUGCACCAAAACCACCACCACCACCUGCCGGCUCCCCGUCAUGUCUCCCUCAACGAAUUGUUGGCUCCUGCAGGCCCCGUCGGCUCCCCCUCGGCCCCCUCCUUGGUGCAUCUUCAGGGGGGUUCAGGGGGACAACAUCAGCUCCAUAAAGGGAUCCCCACCUUUCUGCUAAUCGAGCCCUGAGAACCCCUUUCAUCUUAAAUCUGUCGUCGCACAUUUUUGAACUUGCCGUUCUAGUAUAGACUUCAUGUUAUCAUGCCUCCUCUGUCACAUCAUCAUCAUGCGCUAUAGCAACCCCCCCCCAAACCCUAUGUUUCGCUGAAGUGACUGUAUAGACUAAGCUUGGGCCUUUGGUGGGAAUCUACAUGGAGUGAAAUGUUUUUCUCACAUAUUUGAUUGCGUCUUCUCCGAGCCGGCUGACCUGGAAUCAGUGGGUUUCCCCUCGGAUCCUCUGGUUGCGUACACUGACCCCCCUUCACCAUCUCACCUCCCACACACACAAUAAGCAGCAAUCCCAGCGUGGAACCCCUCUCAGACUCCCCCAUGGCUUCUGUCAAUGCGUAGCUUCUCUUUUUCCUCAUGACUCUAGGGGCCGCUUAUUUCCCGGUGACCGCUUCGCCUCCGCUUCAGUGACAUCACAGUAAUUCAUCGUGCAUCUCAUCCGCUUCACCGCCCUCACUAUCACUCACUAUAAACAAGCUGACAAACACAAAAAAAGCUAGUCAACAAGUAGGCUGUUUGAACCAUUUUAGGCUGUUUAACUCUUUAUUCUCUGUGUUUGUGAUGGUGUGUUUGAGUGACAAAAAAUUGUGUAAAAAUGAGCUUUGGUGUUCAGUUCGGAUCUUAUUUCUGUCUCUCUCGAGUGUUCUUCCUUUGUCCCUCCUAGUUUCUUUAUUUUUAAAGCUAGGUUUUCUUUAUUUAUUGUACGUUUCUUCCUGCGCGAGCAAUACAGCGGGUGGUCUUUUAUCUCCGGCAGCACUCAGAAAACCUUGGAAUCACGCACAGGUUCUUAUUUUAAAAACCUAGACACACAGCGAAGAUAUUCACAGGGAGGGAGAAAUUGAGAGGGAAGGUGUUGCUAUAAGGGAUGAAAAAGAAGCGUUCAAGGCUAAACACUUGUUGGAACCUGAAGGUUUUUUGAAAUGCAAUAGAGGAAGUUUGCCACAGUAGAGAAGCUUUAACUGAGCAUGCAGUCCAGAGGGAGAUGAGGAAGAUGUCUGAACGUCUCCGAAGUCGAACCAGCUGUGUGUCUCUAAUGUGCCUCCCGUUCCUCCUUACCUGAAAACCUCAGUAAACGAGGACCACGCAGGCUCACGCCUAAAACCGCUCGGGCAAAGUGAAAAUCAUCGUUUAAAUAAAGGAGUUGAAACGUUAGGGGGCAACCUGGUAUGCUGCUAAAUCUGGCUUUCCUGACAGUUGCGUAGUCACGGUUGCCGUCCCAUUUCAGGUGUUUCUUUAAGGGUUAUGGUAGCAUGUUGUUUGGCAGAAGCUAAAUACAAAAACAUCUGUAAUAUGUGUGUUUCUAACACUUGAUUAUUGUUGGAGUAUUAGCAGUGGAACAUGAUGUGGCUUUAUACUCUUCUCUUGUAGCAAUGUAUUCAACGGUUGCCUCCAAUUGCCUUUAUAAUGCAUGGCCAGAUUAUAUGAUAUCACACCCAUAGCUGAGAGCCUUUGUGCAUUAUAACUCUAAGUGUUGUGGUUUGGUACCAUAUAUAUACAUCACUGGGCAAUCCUAGAUGGUCGAUGUGUCGUUACGCAAAGUGAGACUUUUACCUCCGACGGACAGGAGGUGCUGGUUUCUGAUGGUUCUUGCUGCACCUCAUUAAUUCUACUCCUUCGAGCUAGCUGCAGAUUUGUAUAGAGUGGCUCAAACAUACAAAAAUAGAUGAUAAAAUAGUCUUUUUAGUAGUAUUUUAUUUAGUAAAUUUAUUCUGCUCCUCGUUAACUUUUUAGCAAUCACUGCAUCGCUUCCUCGCUCAGUUUUAAGUAUAGUGUUGUAAUAAGGGCAGGGUAUCAUCUGGAAAUUUCUCAAUAUCAAUAUUGCUACGAAAGCCAAAACAGUUUUAAGGACAUCUUUAACAUGCAUAGUUUUUUUUUUGUGGUGGCUGCUUUGAAUUCAAUUCGAUUUUUAUCUUUUAUAGCCCAAUUACACGAAUCACAUAUUUGCCUCAGAGGGCUUUACAAUCUGAACCGCAUACAUCUACUGUUCUUGUAUGCAGUAGAUGUAUGCCCCCCCCCCACACACACACACAAAAUAAAAAACCUUUAUCAAGGAAAAAUAAGGGAAGAGAAACCCAAAUAAGCUGUAAAGAUAAAAUAGUCUGCUUAUAACCUUAUAAGGUUAUAAAGUAACAUUACCAUUUAUUUGGCGGUGUCUCUGUCCACCCUGUGAAUGUAAGUCCAAUAGUCCCUCUCAUCUGGCUUGGUCUACACCAACUCCAGACGGAAAUAUCUGGCUCAUUGUCCGUCUGAUCUUUGGUGCUAGGCAGGGAGCAUACUUUGCCUGAUCAUUUUUGCUGCCUGGAUCAUGUGUUAAUGACAGAGAUGUGAGACUGAACCAAAAACAGGGAAGUUACGUCCUGUAAAACCAAAACAAUGAGCUGAAAGACAGUAAAAUGUUCUGUUGACCUGAGGGGAACAACUCUCUGUUGUUUCAUCGCUAUGAGCAACACUUUUCAGAUCACACAUAGACAUUGCUUCCUCUAACAGUAGGAAACAAAGUUCUCAAAUGUUCUCUAAACAUGGGCAGCCAUACAAGACGUUACCUAAGUAGAACACAGUUCUAAAAUCAGAAAUUAUUAAAAAAAAGAAAAAUAUAUGUAAAGAAGGCUAUGAAUAUGACCAUGAGCAUUUAACGGCAACUUUUAGUUCGGCUUUUUCAUACCCUGUGCUUUGGACGCAUUUCAUUAAAUACAAAUAAAGUAUCAAACUUUAAUAACCAGUGGUAGUUAUAACGCAUAUCUAGUAUUACAGGAAUAAAUGACUUCCAGGUUUGGUUGGGUUUCAUAUAGAACUUCUUAAUUACAAUUCUUUUGAGUGUUGAAAAGCAAGUGAGGUAAUGGCAAGCACCUUAACAUAAAUUUGUUUUUUUAAAUUCAGUUUUAAAACCAAAGCUCCAUGGACCGCCCCCUACAGAUGACCCUAAACACUCCUGAGCUUUCCUGCUAAAAAUACAUUGACGCUCUGGUAAUGAUUCUUAAAGAAGCUUUGAAGUAACUUAAUUGCACCUUAGUGCUUUAAUGAAUCAAGGAGGGCUGACUGUGAUGGAGUGGUGCUAUUUAAUUAAACCUUAACUCACUCCUCUUUGAACAGGUGAUCCCAAGUAGCUUAAUUGUGAAUGAGACUUGGUGUGAUGACAUGAAUAGAGCAAUAAACUGAAUGACAGUGCCCUCAUUACUAUUCAUCAUGAAACAGUUGGAUUCAGAUUUAGGUUUUUGUUUUUUCAUAUUGGAAUCUUUAAAAAUUUUAUAUAAAACAAAGCCUUUUAAGAAAGAUCCAUUUUUUCCCCCCAACAAAUUAGGCAAUAACUUCAUGUCUUCUGAAAGUGGGAAUGUUAGAGUUCCUUUUCUGCCAGUUGAGGAUCAAGUGUUGCAAAAAGUGCAGCUGUCAUCAAAUAGUGUAAUCGCUUUGUUUGUACCACGGCUGUCCCAUAGCUACAUUUUUCCCCGUGCCUGUCCACGACAAAGUUUUAGCUUCGCUCCUACCCCAGACUUCUUACUCACCACUACUUAUGAGAUUGCACGGAUGUAUAUAGAUAUUUUAUUGUCGAUGCACUCUUUAUGGCCCUAGAGAUGAACAAAAGACAGUACUGCAGCAGCAUCAGUUGGGGUUCGGUGGGUGGGGUUUAUGCUCAGAACAGCUUUUAUGUCCACACACCUUUAAUGGUUCUAACUGGGAGGAGGCGUUUUUAUUACGAUUAUUAUUCUGAUUAUUAGUAUGACAAAUUUGAAAAAGACUGCCUUUUUCAUUCGAAAGGGGCCACUGUGGUGGAAGAAUGUCUUUUGAGAUAUAUUGUACUAAAGACGCAACACUUUUGUAUAUGUAUUUAUCGUUGUGUUCCCGUCGCCUCGUGGUGUCGUGAUCUCACGGUUGGACAGACGAUACUUUCGAUUUGCUGCAAAAACCGUGUCCGGGAUUUAAACCCUUAUACAACUCUUAGAAAUUAUUUUUUAAAUCUGAUUUCAUUUUAAAGCCCUGUAACGGCAGCUCAGUUUAGAACUGGCAAAGUAGAGCUUAAUUAAUUCACAUUGUUAAGCCCAGUCUUAAGAGAUGAGAAUAAUGUAUGGACUAGCUGAUUAUCUACUCAUUCAGGAAACAGUGACCUCUGCAGUUUCAUUAUAGAGAACCGAGCAGACUGCAGCUAAGCACCUGUGACACAUGACACUGUAUAUCACAGUGGGCAAAGGGAAUUUCUUGUUCAAGCAGGCACUCAAGUGUAGAGCUCAGUGUGUAUGCUUGUUAAUUUGGGAGUACUGCAUAUCAAACAUGUUGGCCGCUACAUACAAAGCAGCAACCUGCCCUGGAGAGUCACACACACCGACACCCUAACACAUCCUUGUGUGAGGUUAACUAACCAUAGUAGUCAGGUUUGGCUUGUGUAAUAAAUGCUCCUCACUAUUCUACCCCUUGUAGAGCUUCAUCUACCGCCACUGCACUCAUGCAAGAGUUACACUAACUAACAUCACCUACCGUACCUGCAGAGCAUGCUGAAAAACAACAACGGGAUGUGUUAGGUAGACUUACUAUGUCAUUUGCAGAACCUCAUUGUUUGUUUUUUUUGUGCUGUUAUUUUCUUCAUUAAUUUGAAUUUUAUUUUUUUGGUUUGGAAAAAAAGUGUUUAUUGUGAUUACUUGUUAAUUAGUGAUGUGAUUAUUGAACAUGAAAUAAAAAUGAACUAAAAACUCUCA